AUGGAGACGUCGGCCUCAGUCACUACCACGGAAAAGAAAGACGCCAAAAGUGGGAGCCUGGAGGGUACUGCUUUCCCCGACCCGGGCAGGAAGGCCUCGGCUCUUGCGGUGGCCACGGCGGUAGCUGCCCACGGAGUGCCGCAGCACCUUUUGCCACCGCUCCAUGCUCCCUUGCCGAUUGACAUGAGACACCAGGAGGGAAGGUACCAUUAUGAGCCCCACUCUGUCCACGGCAUGCCCGGGCCUCCUGCCCUGAGUGGCAGCCCUGUUAUCUCCGACAUCUCGUUGAUCCGGCUUUCCCCACACCCCGCCGGCCCUGGGGAGUCCCCCUUCAACGCCCCCCACCCAUACGUGAGCCCCCACAUGGAGCAUUACCUCCGUGCCAUGCACAGCAGCCCCACGCUCCCCGCGAUCUCUGCAGCCCGGGGUCUCAGCCCCGCUGAUGUGGCCCACGAGCACCUCAAGGAGAGGGGACUGUUUGGCCUCCCCCCUCCAGGCACCAACCCCUCAGACUAUUACCACCAGAUGACCCUUAUGGCGGGCCACCCUGCACCCUACGGGGACCUGCUGAUGCAGAGUGGGGGUGCUGCCAGUGCACCCCAUCUCCACGACUACCUCAAUCCAGUGGAUGUGUCACGUUUCUCCAGCCCACGGGUGACGCCCCGCCUGAGCCGCAAGCGGGCGCUGUCCAUCUCCCCGCUCUCGGACGCCAGCCUGGACCUGCAGCGGAUGAUCCGGACGUCCCCCAACUCGCUGGUGGCCUACAUCAACAACUCCCGGAGCAGCUCAGCGGCCAGCGGCUCCUACGGGCACCUGUCGGCAGGCACCCUCAGCCCCGCCUUCACCUUCCCCCACCCCAUCAACCCGGUGGCCUACCAGCAGAUCCUGAGCCAGCAGAGGGGCCUGGGCUCGGCCUUUGGACACACUCCGCCCUUGAUCCAGCCCUCGCCCACCUUCCUGACCCAGCAGCCCAUGCCCCUCGCCUCUCUCAACGCCACGGCCACGCAGCUCAGCAGCAGUAACUGUCCAAGCCACAGCACCCAGAACAAGCCGAGCAGCGAGUCGGCUGUGAGCAGCACCGUCAACCCCAUCGUCAUUCAUAAGCGCAGCAAGGUCAAGACAGAGGCCGAGGGCUUGCGGCCAGCCUCCCCAUUGACCCUGACGCAGGGGCAGGUGGCUGAAGGUGGCUCACCGUGGGUGUGCUCUGCUUCCCCCGCCCCCCGCCCCCAGGAGCAGCUGGCUGAGCUCAAGGAAGACCUGGACAGGGAUGACUGUAAGCAGGAGGCCGAGGUGAUCAUCUACGAGACCAACUGCCACUGGGAAGACUGCACCAAGGAGUACGACACGCAGGAACAGCUAGUGCAUCACAUCAACAAUGAGCACAUCCAUGGGGAGAAGAAGGAGUUUGUGUGCCGCUGGCAGGCCUGCACGCGCGAGCAGAAGCCCUUCAAGGCGCAGUACAUGCUGGUGGUGCACAUGCGUCGGCACACGGGCGAGAAGCCCCACAAGUGCACGUUCGAGGGCUGCUCAAAGGCCUACUCUCGCCUGGAGAACCUGAAGACUCACCUGCGGUCCCACACUGGGGAGAAACCAUACGUGUGCGAGCACGAGGGUUGCAACAAGGCCUUCUCCAAUGCCUCAGACCGCGCCAAGCAUCAGAACCGCACCCACUCCAACGAGAAACCCUAUAUCUGCAAGAUCCCAGGCUGCACCAAGCGAUACACGGACCCCAGCUCUCUCCGGAAGCACGUGAAAACAGUACACGGCCCAGAUGCUCAUGUCACCAAGAAGCAGCGCAACGACGUGCACCUCCGCGCCCCCCUGCUCAAGGAGAACGGGGACAAUGAGGCCAGUGCCGAGCCCGGCGGCCGGGGCUCUGAGGAGAGUGCCGAGGCCAGCCGCACCAGCCAGGCCGUGGAGGACUGCCUACACGUCAAAGCCAUCAAGACCGAGAGCUCCGGGCUGUGUCAGUCCAGCCCCGGGGCCCAGUCGUCCUGCAGCAGUGAGCCCUCUCCCCUGGGCAGUGCCCCCAACAAUGACAGCGGCGUGGAGAUGCCGGGGACAGGGCCCGGGAGCCUGGGAGACCUGACGGCUCUGGAGGACACGCCCCCGGGGGCCGAUGCCUCAGCCCUGGCCGCUCCCUCUGCUGGUGGCCUGCAGCUGCGCAAACAUAUGACCGCCAUGCACCGGUUUGAGCAGCUCAAGAAGGAGAAGCUCAAGUCACUCAAGGAUUCCUGCUCUUGGGCCGGGCCGGCUCCACACACCCGGAACACCAAGCUGCCUCCCCUCCCGGGAAGUGGCUCCAUCCUGGAAAACCUCGGCGGCGGGGGCGGCGGCGGCGGGCCGGCGGGGCUGCUGCCCAACCCGCGGCUGUCCGAGCUGUCCGCGAGCGAGGUGACCAUGCUGAGCCACCUGCAGGAGCGCCGCGACAGCUCCACCAGCACGGUCAGCUCCGCCUACACCGUGAGCCGCCGCUCCUCCGGCAUCUCCCCCUACUUCUCCAGCCGUCGCUCCAGCGAGGCGUCGCCCCUGGGCGCCGGCCGCCCCCACAACGCCAGCUCGGCCGACUCCUACGACCCGAUCUCCACCGACGCGUCGCGGCGCUCGAGCGAGGCCAGCCAGUGCAGCGGCGGCGGCGGCGCGGGGGCACUCAGCCUCACGCCGGCGCAGCAGUACAGCCUGCGGGCCAAGUACGCCGCGGCCACCGGCGGGCCGCCCCCGACCCCGCUGCCCGGCCUGGAGCGCGCGAGCCUGCGGACCAGGCUGGCGCCGCCCGCCCCCUGCCCGCGCCCGCUGGGGCCGCGGCGGGGCAGCGACACAGCCCACGGNNNNGGCCACGCGGGGCCCGCGCCCGCCUUCCCCCACGAGGCGCCGGGUGGCGGGGCGCGGCGGGCCAGCGACCCGGUGAGGCGGCCCGACGCCCUGGCCGCCCCGCGGGUGCAGCGCUUCCACAGCGCCCACGACGUGAACCCGGCCCCGCUGCUGCCCUGCGCCGACCGGCGAGGCCUCCGCCUGCCCGGCCUCGCGAGCGCCGACGGCGGCCUGGCCCGCGGCGCCUACUCGCCCCGGCCGCCCAGCAUCAGCGAGCACGUGGCCAUGGAGGCCUUGGCGGCGGGGGCGGACGGCGCGGGGCCCGAGAUCGGCCUCGUGCUGCCCGACGACGACUUCGUGCUGCCCGACGACGUGGUGCAGUACAUCAAGGCGCACGCCGGCGGGACCCUGGACGACAGCCCCCCACAGGCCUAUCCCCCGGAAAGCACCUGCUUCUCUGAGAACCCCAAACUGCCCAGCCCGGGGCUGCACGGCCAGCGCAGGAUGGUGGCCGCGGACUCCAACGUGGGCCCCGCCGCCGCGGUGCUGGGAGGCUGCCAGCUGGGCUACGCGGCUCCCCCCAGCCUGAACAAAAACAGCAUGCCGGUGCAGUGGAAUGAGGUGAGCUCCGGCACCAUGGACACCCUGGCCAGCCAGGGGAAGCCUUCGCCCUUUCCGCAGGGCAACCUGGCUGUGGCGCAGCAGAAGCCGGCCUUCGGCCAGUACCCAGGCUAUAGUCCGCAAGGUCUGCCGCUGAGCCCCGGGGCCCUGGACACCGCCCAGCAGGCACACUUUCAGCCCUGCGGGGGCGGCUCCUCCGUGCCUCGGAUAAAUUAUAUGCAGCAGCUGCGGCAGUCCGGGACAGGUGGGCAGUGUCCCAAUAUGACGACCACCGGGAGCCCCCACACCAACUAUGGGCAAGCCCACCCCCAGCUGAGCCCCAGUACCAUGGGUGGGGCCCUGAACCAGUACCCCCCAUCCUGCAGCAACAUGGCAGCCAAGCCAGUCCACCUGGGGCUCCCCCAGCAAAUGGAAGUUGCUCCCGAAGCCACCAUGAUGGGAGGCAACCGCAGGGAACUCGGAAUCCCCAAUUCCUCCCUGGCCGGGAUGCCACCCCUUCACUCGACCCAGAGCUACCCACAGCAGAGCCAUCACCUGGCGACCCCCAUGAGCCAGGAGGGCUACCGCCAGGGCCCCAACCUUCUGCCUUCCCAGCAACCCAGCUUCAUGGAGCCCCAGCAGGGCGCCGUGGGGGUGGCUGGAUCCAGCUUUGGCCUAGUGCAACCCCGGCCACCCGCUGAGCCCAGCCCUGCUGGCUGCCACCGGGGGGUGCGGGCUGGGCUGCAGCUGGCCUAUGCCAGGGCCACGGGCCACGCCAUGGCUGCUGUGUCGGCCAACCAGGAGAUGGCAGAUGGGCCCAAAGGAGCGAUGGGCAACAUGGUGUCCCGGCCUCCUCAGCCACCCCCACAGGACACGGCUGGGGCCCAGGACCACAGCAUGCUCUACUACUACGGCCAGAUCCACAUGUACGAACAGAACGGAGGCCUGGAGAACCACGUGGGCUGCCAGGUCAUGCAGCCCCAGCCACCGCAGCCACAGGCCUGCCCAGACAGCAUCCAGCCCCAGCCCUUGCCCUCGCCCGGCGUCAACCAGGUGUCCAGCACUGUGGACUCCCAGCUCCUGGAGGCCCCCCAGAUAGAUUUCGAUGCCAUCAUGGAUGAUGGCGAUCACUCGAGCCUGCUCUCAGGUGCCCUGAGUCCCAGCCUCCUCCACAGCCUCUCCCAGAGCUCCUCCUGCCUCACCACCCCCCGGAACUCCCUGACUCUGCCCUCCAUCCCCACGGGCAUCAGCAACAUGGCUGUUGGGGACAUGAGCUCCAUGCUCACCAGCCUGGCCGAGGAGAGCAAGUUCCUGAACAUGAUGACCUAAGGCCCCAGCUCCUGGCGCUCAGUGGACUCAGAGGAGGCAUCAUUUCCCAGAGCGUGGGGCUUCCGUCAAUUUUGUCUUUUUCCAAAAAAGUAUUAACUAGGUCUGAGGGAGUGUUGCCAGUGGCCGAUUCAGACCACAGAUGCUUUAAGGGCAGGUUUGUAUACAUCCUGUCUGGUCUUCUUUUGGGUUAUUUUUCGGAACAGUGAAAAAAGUCUCAAUGGGAAAGGCAAGGUAGAAAUGAAAAACUCGUUUGCACAGUGCUUCCCAGGUUUUGGUGUUUAUAGGACCAAAUUGUUCUAGCGUCUUCACCUCUGUCAUUUGGCUAAUGAGGGAUCCCGUUGGCCAAGGGGAAAGAAGGUAGAGGGAACCACAUUUGGGUUUGAAUCUGAAAGCCAUACUGGAUAUUCUAAUCCAGGAAGAUAAGCUUCUCAUUGCCCUACCUGCGAGGUAAAAGAA